AUGAAUGAAAAUAUAAUAGUUUUGUUCCUAGCUAAAACAACAUUAAAACAAUACUGGAACAAAGGUACUUCACUGAUUUACCGUUCAUCGCGCAUGCGCAGGAAAUCCAAUUCUUCCCACGACGCCGCGCGAUUGGUCGAUCGACAGAGUGCAGACUUCAUGGAGUUUUACGAACGCAGGUCAGCGUCUUCGUCUGCCUUGUUUAUCGUAGCGUGGAAAAGAGAAAAUCAGUUUAGCCAUGGGCGCUACAGUGCGUUGCCAGUCCUUGUCGUGUGCCUUGUCUGUACCUGCCAGCGAUGCGCUUUGUGCGUACGCGUGAUCGCGCGACGGAAUAUGUCCAGGAACGUUUUUCACGCGCCGUGUUCAAUUAGGGUCACUUGAUAAAUCGAACGAUCGGUGGCGAACGCGAAAGGCAAAGACGGCGAACGGGUGCGACGAAUUUUCCCCUC